UUUACCGAAAUGAUUCUGCUUAAGAAAACACAUUUUUACAAAUACAGUUUGUUCUUGGGACUUUGGGUGUUAUUAUUAAAAGACAUCUUGGCACUCAGUAGCAGGUCAACGAUUACGUAUGAUAAACAGGCCCCAUUUUUCACAAAAGAACAGCAACUUUCUUUUCAGCGGCUCCGCCCACUUUUAGCAGACGACGCCAAAACGAAAGUCGUGUCUUUGUAUGACAAAUUUUUUCAAGGCUCUGAAACUUUGAACGUACAAGACAUCAAGUUAUUGCAUAAUCAUUUUUUAAUUGCUAGGAAUGAAACAAUUCAGUAUACAGUGAAACAAAUCAUUAAAGAAGCAACAUUGUUUGAUUUAAUAUGGAAGAUGCUGAGACAGAAUUCAGACCUUCAGGAUGCAUCAUCUGAAGAACACACAGAAAGUGAGAGGUCUUCAUCGCUGGUUCAUUUUGCAAGAAUCAGGGCUCAUAUUGGGGUUGGAAGUUUCUUGGAAAUAGGUGCUUGUGAAGUUUCAAAAAAUGUUGCAACAUUAGCCAAAAACAAGACUGUUAUAGUUAUUAUGCAAGAUGAAAAGGAGACAGUGCAGUGUUCUGAGAAAGCUUCAUCACUGGGUGUCAACAACAUGUAUGUGAGCAAACUCUCCACAGAGAUGCUUCAACAGGUCAUUGAAGACUUCAGCUCUGAUUACAAGGUGCUGUUUGGAAGUAUCCUUCUUAAAGACUUUCUUACUCUCAGUACCUCUCUGCUACCCCAUGAAUUUGAACAGCUGCUAGCAAGAGUAUUUUCUCUGUCACUACAGAUAUUUAUUCCCAAUAUGAACAUCAAUAAAAGUUCAAAGUAUUACAGUGUCACUGAAACAUGGUCCUCUCCAGGAGAGUUGUUUAAGAAGGCCUGCAGAUUUGCUGACCUAACAUGCAGUGUUGAGAUGUUGUGGGGAUUUAACAGGUGGUCCUUCUCCAGAGCCAUCUAUAAAGUGACGGUUAUGAAAGGUUUUCGUCUCAUACAUCCAGAUCUGUGUAAAACCAUUGGUGGAUAUUCACAAUGUUAUGCUGAUUUUGGUACAAAUAGCAGUAGAAUGGCCAUCAGAUUUGAAAAUGGAAACAUUUAUGCAUCUCCCAGUGAUAUCAAUGAAGUUCCACUGAAGAUGUUUCUUAAAACUGGUACUGUACAGCCGGGAUCAUGUGGCAGUUGA